GUUUUCAGGAACCCAGAAAAAGCGAAUGAAGCUCCCCCCACCUCCCCGAGCUUCGGUUGCCCCCCUGCCUCGACCCGCCCGAUCUGCUAAGCAAACGAAUCCGGGACCGUUGCGAGGAAGGACAUUUUGCAGUGGUUAACUCCGCCCUCCCCCAACCUUUACCCCACGGAAUCCACGCCCGAGCCAAGAUAGGAGAAGUUUCCUCCGCCCCCCAAGGGGCCCAAAGUCUUCAGCCGCUUCUGCCCGGCCUCAGUUUCCCCCUCGGGGAAGAUCGCCUAGCACUUUCUCUUUCCCUUCCCACGCGCGGGACACCCGCCCUGCCCGCGGCCGAGUCACGGGCGGAUCGGACCCCUGCGCGCAGUGGAGCCUUUGCUCUCCCGCCCGAGACGCGCAAGGCUUAACCCCCCCCCCCCCCGCCGGAGUUGCGCGGAUCCCGAGAGCGAAGCCGGCGGAGGAGCCGAACGGAUCCUGGGGGAACGGCUGGAUGGCCUCGGCAAGGAAAAGAGCCAGGGGUCAGGGCCCCCCGGAGGACCACGGAGCCGAAGCGAAGGAAGAAGGGGACGAUGAUGAACUCCGGCUCAUCCUGGUGGGGAAGUCCGGAAGUGGGAAGAGUGCUACUGGCAACACCAUUCUGGGCCGACCGGCGUUCAAGUCACUCGUGGCAGCGAAGACCUCCACUGUGGAGUGGCAAAAGGAGCAGGGAACCUGGAAGAAGAGGAAAAUUUCUGUCAUUGACACGCCACCUAUUUUCGAUUCCGAAGAGUUGGAGCAAUCCCUGAAAAAGCAGCUGGAAAACUGUCGUCACAUGUGCCAGUCAGGUCUCCAUGCCUUCAUUUUGGUGAUUCAGGUGGGGUGUUUCACAGCCGAAGACAUGGCGGCCGCCAAGCACGUUUGGAAAAUCUUUGGGGACGGGUCUGCCAGCCGCACGAUCCUCCUGUUCACCCACAAGGAGGAUUUGGGAGGGGAUUCCCUGAAUAAUUGCAUCAAAAAAGCCAACAACCAAUAUCUGUGUGAGGUGAUGAACAAGUGUGACCAUCGCUUGUGUGGGUUCAACAACAAGGCGGAGGAAGACGAGCGGGAGAAGCAGCUCUCCGAGCUGAUGGAGAUGGUUGAGAAGAUAGACAAGGAGAAUGGAGGGAAACCCUAUUUCAUUCCACAAGGGGACGAACUCCAGCUCAUCCUGGUUGGAAAGUCUGGAAGUGGGAAGAGUGCUACUGGCAACACCAUUCUGGGCCGACCGGCGUUCAAGUCGCUCGUGGCAGCGAAGGCCUCCACUGUGGAGUGGCAAAAGGAGCAGGGAACCUGGAAGAAGAGGAAAAUUUCUGUCAUUGACACGCCACCUAUUUUCGAUUCCGAAGAGUUGGAGCAAUCCCUGAAAAAGCAGCUGGAAAACUGUCGUCACAUGUGCCAGUCAGGUCUCCAUGCCUUCAUUUUGGUGAUCCAGGUGGGGUGUUUCACAGCCGAAGACAUGGCGGCCACCAAGAAUGUCUGGAAAACCUUUGGGGACGAGUCUGCCAGCCGCACAAUCCUCCUGUUCACCCACAAGGAGGAUUUGGGAGGGGAUUCCCUGAAGAAUUGCAUCGAAAAAGCCAACAACCAAUAUCUGUGUGAGGUGAUGAACAAGUGUGACCAUCGCUUGUGUGGGUUCAACAACAAGGCCGAGGAAGACGAGCGGGAGAAGCAGCUCUCCGAACUGAUGGGGAUGGUUGAGAAGAUAGACAAGGAGAAUGGAGGGAAACCCUAUUUCAUCCCACAAGGUACAGAAAAAACAGAUAUUUGUUCAAAAAUAUCUGAUUCCCCCCUGUCUUCUAAACUCCCAGGGGACGAACUCUGGCUCAUCCUGGUUGGAAAGUCCGGAGGUGGGAAGAGCGCCACGGGCAACACCAUUCUGGGCCGACUGGCAUUCAAAUCCCUCUUGGCAACAAAGCCCACCACCGUAGAGUUCCAAAAGGAGCAAGGAACCUGCGAGGGGAGGAAAAUUUCUGUCAUUGAUACACCAGCUAUUUUUGAUUCCAAAGGGUUGAAGGAAUUCCUGGCAAAGGAUCUGGAAAACUCUCUGCAUGCUUUCAUUUUUGUGACCCAGGUGGGGCGCUUCACGGCCGAAGAUGCAGCGGCCGCCAAGCAGGUCUGGAAAAUCUUCGGGGAUGAAUCCGCCAACCGCACGAUCGUCCUGUUCACCUGCAAGGAGGAUCUGGGAGGGGAUUCCCUGAAGAAUUACGUCAAAGGAGUCAAGAACAAAUAUCUGUCUGAUGUGAUGAAGAAGUGCAACCAUCGCUUCUGUGGGUUCAACAACAAGGCCGUGGGACAAGAAAGGAAGGAGCAGGUCUCUGAGCUGAUAGAGAUGGUUGAGGAGAUAGUGAAGAAGCCUCGAGAGAUUUCACCCACAAGGGUCAAAAAGAGAAACUGUCAGGACUGCUUCCCUCAAUAACCAAGAAAGAAAUCACUCAGCUCCAUUUUGCAGAAUUAAGAGUACUUUUAUGAGUAGAUAGUAG